AUGGCGGUGGCACCCAGCAGGAGGCUGCGGCGCUGCCUGCUGCUCCUGGCCGUCACCUGGGGCGCCACUUUUGUCCCCUCGCCAGCCCAGGCUUUGCAGAGGAUCGCGCUGCGGAGGAUGCCCUCCAUCCGCCAGACGCUGCAGGAGAUGGGGGUGAAGGUGCGGGACGUGUUCCCGGAGCUGCGCCGGGCCGCGCGCGGAGCAGGGGACGGUCCCCGCAACGGGACAGCUCCCACCCCGCUCACCAACUACCUGGAUACCCAAUAUUUCGGCGAGAUCAGCAUCGGGACCCCUGCGCAGACCUUCAAGGUGGUCUUUGACACGGGCUCGGCCAACCUGUGGGUGCCGUCCUACAAGUGCUCCCCACUCUACAGCGCCUGUGUGUCCCACAGCCGCUACGACUCCUCCAAGUCGCGCACCUACAUCGCCAACGGCACCGGCUUCGCCAUCCGCUACGGCACCGGCAGCGUCAAAGGCGUCCUCAGCCAGGACAUCGUCACGGUGUCGGACAUCCCGAUCAUCCAGGUGUUCGCCGAGGCCACGGCGCUGCCCGCCUUCCCCUUCAUCUUCGCCAGGUUCGACGGCGUGCUGGGCAUGGGCUACCCCAGCCAGGCCAUCGAUGGCAUCACGCCCGUCUUCGACCGCAUCCUGGCACAGCAGAUCCUCCAGGAGGACGCGUUCUCCGUCUACUACAGCCGGAAUGCUCCCCUGAAGCCCGGCGGGGAAAUCAUCCUGGGAGGCAGCGACCCAGCCUAUUACACCGGCGACUUCCACUACCUGAACGUCAGCAGGAGCGGCUUCUGGCAGAUCCGCAUGAAGGGGGUGUCUGUAGGCGCUGAGAUCCUGUUCUGCAGGGAAGGCUGCUCAGUGGCCGUGGACACCGGGGCCUCCUACAUCACCGGCCCCGCCGGCCCCGUGUCCGUGCUCAUGAAAGCCAUCGGGGCCACCGAGGUGGCCGAAGGAGAGUACGUGGUGGACUGCGAGCAGGUGCCUCAGCUGCCCAACAUCUCCUUCCACCUGGGAGGGAAGGUCUACGGCCUCAGCGGCCCGGCCUACGUGCUGCGGCAAUCCCAGUACGGCGAGGAUGUGUGCGUGGUGGCUUUCUCCGGGCUGGACAUCCCCCCUCCGGCCGGUCCCCUCUGGAUCCUGGGCGCCACCUUCAUCGGUCACUACUACACCAAAUUCGACCGGCGCCACAACCGCAUCGGCUUCGCCACCGCCCGCUGA